UGACACGCACCCACCAUCUCUCUCCCUCUCUAAACCCCAACCAACCAGCCCCUCCGCUCGCCGGCAAGAAAACCCCAGCCCCUUCCCGGAAUCCCCACUCCGGCGAGCCCGACCGACCGGCCGGCCGGCCGGCCUCCGAUGGCGUCGGCGACUUCGACGGCGGAGCUGGAGGCCGCCAUCGCCGCCCUCCCCGCCAAGAAGCAGCGCCUGCGGGAGUCCUUCGACCGCCUCCUCGCCGCCUCCCCCAUCCCCGUCCCCUUCACCUGGGCCGACGUCGACGCCCACAUCUCCUCCCUCCAGGCCUCCAUCGCCCGACGCUUCCGCCAGCUCCAGGCGCACCAGGCCGCCGCGCUCCGGUCCACCGCCGACCCCGUCCAGCACCAGCUGAGGGGCAAGGGCCAAGACAGCAGCGAGGAGGAGGAGGAUUGGGCGCGGCCCAAUCGCGCGCCUUCGGACCUCAAUGCCGGGGAGGAGGGGUCGCAGGGGGGUGCGGAGAUGGCAAUCGAGGCGUCUCCCGGCCAGUACGACGCCGUUGAGGAAGGGGAGGCGUCUCCUGGCCUUGAACCGGAGGAGGGGGAGGCGUUUCUUGGCCUUGAACCAGAGGAGGAGGAGGAGGAGGAGGAUAGGGGGCGGGCCAAGCGGGCGCCUUCGGACCUCAAUGCCGGAGAGGAGGGGGAGCAGGGGAGGGUGGAGGUGGCAAUCGAGGGGUCUGCCGGCCAGUACGACGCCGUCGAGGAGGGGGAGGCGUCUCCUGACCUUGAACCAGAGGAGGAGGACGAAGAAGAUGGGGGGCGGGCCAAGCGGGCACCUUCGGACCUCACUGACGAGGAGGAGGGGGAGCAGGGGAGGGCGGAGAUGGCAAUCGAGGGGUCUCCCGGCCAAGACGACGCCGUUGAAGACUGGGAGGCGUCUCCUGGCCUUGAACCAGAGGAGGAAGAGGAAGAGGAGCGGGAGGAGGAGACCAUCCAAGGGGCGUACCCAAGCCAUCGCCACGGGGAGACGACGGGGAAGGCGCCGAGCAGCUGGCGGACGCCGGACCACGCAGGCGGCGCGGGGGAGGCCGUGAGGUGGAACCUCGCGGCGGCGCGCGCCGACAGGGACGCCUCGCUGCUGGCGGACAUGCUGUACUGGGGCAACAAGAGGAGCCUGCGCGCCCGGCGGCAGUUCCUCCCGGCGCUGCUGUGCGCCGCGGAGCCCCACGCGCUGGUCGUCGGCGCCGUCAGGGACUUCCUGGCCAGGGCCGAGCCCAAGAGCGACAAGAACUGGGAGAACUGCGCCUCGCUCCUCUGCUGCGUCCCCAGCCUCAGGGCCGAGCCGUCGGCGGCCACGCUGGAGCGGGCCAGACGGCUGGCCGAGGACUGGAGGGAGAUGGUCAUCGGCAGGCCUGAAACUUGCAGGGACCUCGGCCGGCUCGCCGUAUGGGGCCUUCUGCAGUUUCUUGCCUCGUACAAAAUCACCUUGGAGCUGGACGCCGAUGGGAUAAACCAUCUCCUCGCCGACGUCCCGCGCAACAAAAAGCAGAGCUGCAUCGAGCUCCGCAAUGGUCUCGGGCUGAUCCACGCCAUGGCUGACUCGGCCGACCAUCUGAUUGAGAAUGGGCAGCCAGUUGAUGCUAUCAGCCAUCUGAUUGAGAAUGGGAAGCCACUUGAUGCUAUAAAACUGGCGUGUGAUUUGAAUCUGACCGACAAAUAUCCUCCACUUUCCCUCAUGAAUGAUUAUGUUGGCAAAGCUAAGAAGACUGCUCAGGAGAUAUUGAGCAGGGAAGGCGAUUCACGGGACUCUCUGAACCAGGCCAUGGCGAGGCAGGUGAACGCCCUGAUACUGUCGUGGAGGGCGGUGGACGAGCACGUCGACGUCGCGCACCGCACCGGCAUCAAGGCGGAGAUCACCCAGCUGCUGCACGGGUACGCGCGCAAGCGGCAGAGCCUGUCGGUGCCGGUCGGCUCUUCCUCCUCCUCCUCCCCGCCUGCCUGGAGCCCGCAGCGGCGGCGUCAGGAGCUGCCGCCGGAAGAGGAGGAGGCCGGGCAGAAGCAGCACAAGAAGCGGAAGCGGAAGCCGCACUGGCUGCAGCGGGAGGCGCGGCAGCACCGGUUCCACGAGCAGCCCAGGUUCUUGCCCCGGUGCGUCGGUGCCCGGCCGGGGCACGACGCCGGCGGGGGCCGUGAUCGUGGCGGCGAGGGGCUCCCGGGGGUCCGUGGAGGGCCUCCUCGGUGCCCUGGUAGCCCGUAUUAGCUGGUAGCGUCGCUCGCUCUUGGCCACGUCCUGCUGCCUUGCCUUCAGACCAGACAAGAGUAUGUAUGUAGAGUAUGGUGCGACUGAUCAUGGGGCUGAUGGUGCACGUAUCUUUAGGAUUAAUUAACGUAAAAGUUGAGCUUAACCUCGUGGUUUACUGGUUAGAGUGCCUCACUCAUUUAGACGAGACGAUAAACGGAAGUCCGUCUUAAAUCUAGAUGUGACAUAAUAUCUUACAUCUAAGUAUGAUGUCAUGUGUUUUGUAA